GUAAUGGUAAGAUGCAUAUAGCUCCCUUUAAAAAGUGAUUACGAUUAGAUUGAAGCACUUGAAAUAAUGUCUGAAGAUACCAUGUCAGAAUAGUAAUUAAAGAAGGCUCAAACAAAUUAGGUGUUCUUUUUAGAAAUAGCAGAUUACUUAGAAGGAACAUCAUUUUAUAAUUUAUUGGGUAUUUGUUUAAGUGAAUUAGAUCUUUAAAAUAAGGAUAAUUAAUCAAAGAGAAUAAUAGUAGCCACGGUGCUAUCCAUACUAUUAAUUGUCGUAUUUUGUGUAGUGAUCCAACUUAUAUUGGAUUCGUCAAAAAAAUGUAAGAUCAAGCUAAGCAGAGAGAGCACUCCAAUACAAGCAUGAU